CUGAUCAGAUGCUUAGUCUCUAUUAGCCGACCAAACGCACACACACACACACACACACAGACACACACACUCACCCUACAGCCGCUACGGUGUCCCAGAGCGCAGCCACAAGAUACAGACGUCUGCUUUUAUUUACACGAGAUCCACUCCCUCCCGAACAACUUUGAAUGCGGAUGGAAGAGGAGAAAAUCAUUCCCAGCUAACCAGCGCGAGUUGCCAUUGCCACACAUGCGUCUUCUUUUGCAUUCCUAGACUGCACGGUCACGUUUCUCACCGCACGCAUCUAAUCUCUCUUUCUACAGUUAUUUAACAAUGGAUUUACCAAGGAAGGAUUGGAGACUGUUUAUUAUUAUAUUCAUUUUACAUAAUCAGCAGACGGGCUGCAUGAGAAGAACUACUCCAAGGAGACAAGACAGGUUAAGCCCUCCACUGGACAUACAACUGGAGUCCCUGAACUGCACGGCAUUUAGUGUUCGUUGGCGAAUGCCAAGACGGCACAUCAGCAGCAUUACUGGCUAUACGGUGCUGUACACAGAGAUGAAGAAUGGCAAUCCAGCCGGAGCUGCAGUAUCCCACGACAUGCAACUCAGUUUGGACAUGUUUAAUGCUGGGCUGUUUGAUGGACAGUCAGGAUUUGAGGUGAUAAUUGGAAAUCUGAAAGCUGGCACCCAGUACCGAGUCAGUGUUGCAGCUUAUGGAUGGAUGGGCGAUGGAAGACCGAGUGUGCCCAGAGAUGUCAGAACAGCCUCCCAAGAAAAAUGCAACCCACCUUCACCACCCACCCAGCCAGUAGUGAUGGUUGUUUCUGAUACAGAAGUAGCACUAUCGUGGAAACCAGGAAGCAGCCAGGGCAGUUCUCCUGUUCAGUGGUUCCUGGUGGAGUACAUUAGGCCAGAACUUGACUCAGAAUGGACUGCAAUUAAAGAGAAGAUAGAGGCAGAGUCUAUGGUCAUCAAAGGGCUCCUUCCCGAUACUCAGUACCAAUUUGUGGUUCGAGCAGUGAACAUACAUGGAGUCAGUGAAGCCAGUGAACCAAACGAGCCACUCCGAACUUUUCCUGUGAGAGGGAUAUCCACUGUGAGGAGUUUCCGCUAUGAUGUCAAAAAGUAUGGUUACAGAUUAGCAGGCACUGAUGAGGCAGGCAGCGGACACUAUGGACAACGGUAUAUCGCUGAAACUAAAAUCAGCAAUGAAGAUGGUUUUGAGAUUGAUGAUUCAGACUAUGAUGUCUUCAUGGAAGAGCUGAAAUCAUUUCCCUCUGUGAGAGCUGAAAACAAGCGCUUUCAGUCUAGGAAAAGUCCAUCCAUUAAUUCAGAACGAACACGACUGGUCCUCACCACCAGCUCUUCUAUGCCUGUGACUACACCAAGCACCACCAGCUCUGGCACUGGUUUUGUCCUCACCACAGUACGGCCCACAACUGCUAAGAUCCUUUUUUCUCCCAUCUUGUACGACCUGCCAUGUGAUGAAACAAUCUGCCCUGCUGAUAGCUUCUGUGUCAAUGACUACGAACGCGGUGGAUCUCGAUGCCACUGCAACCUGGGAAAAGGUGGAAGCUCUUGCUCCUCAGAUGUUUCUAUCCAGUAUCCCAGAUUUUUUGGGUAUUCCCAUAUGACCUUUGAACCUCUUAAGAACUCCUACCAGUCAUUCCAAAUAACCCUUGAAUUUAAGGCAGAAACAGAAGAUGGUUUACUUCUGUACUGUGGCGAGAAUGAACAUGGCCGUGGAGACUUUAUUUCACUUGCUAUCAUUCGUGGAAAACUGCAGUUCAGGUUUAAUUGUGGCACUGGAGCAGCCAUCAUCAUCAGUGAAAGCAAAAUCAAGCUGAGAAGUUGGCACAGCGUUACCAUUUCCAGAGAUGGAUUAAAUGGAUGGCUACGUCUAGACAAUGACACCCCCGUGACCGGCAAAUCUCAGGGCGUGUAUACCAAAAUCACCUUUCGGACUCCUUUUUAUGUGGGUGGUUCUCCCAGUGCUUACUGGCUAGUAAAGGCUGCUGGGACCAACCGUGGAUUUCAGGGCUGUGUACAAAGCCUUUCCAUAAAUGGGAUAAACAUUGAUAUGCGGCCUUGGCCAGUUGGAAGAGGACUUAGUGGGGCAGAUGUAGGUGAGUGUAGCAUUGGAAUCUGUGAUUCAGUUGCCUGCUUUAAUGGGGGGACCUGCUAUGCAAACAGAGCUGAUGCCUAUAUUUGUUUGUGCCCUCUUGGGUUUGGAGGAAGCCAUUGUGAGGAUGAGUUCAAGUUGGUGCUACCACAGUUCAAUGAAAGCUUGUUGUCUUACAUCAGCACUCCUUGGCCUUCAGAAGCCCAGAGCUUCCUUUCCUUUAUGGAGUUUGAAGUCACCUUUCAGCCAGCCACACAGAAUGGAGUCAUUCUAUACAGUUUUGAUACCGCAAGCAAAGAUUUUAUUUCCAUUAAUAUGAUAGAUGGCUAUGUGGAGUUCCGCUUUGACUGUGGCUCAGGCACGGCUGUUCUCAGGUCUGAAGAGCCCAUUAGCCUAAAUAAGUGGCAUGAGAUGCGUGUGUCUCGUACAGCCAAGAACGGUAUCUUGCAAGUGGAUAAUCAGAAGCCAGUGGAAGGAAUGGCAGAGGGAGCGUUCACUCAGAUCAAGUGUAACAAUCACCUUUUCAUUGGUGGUUUCCCAGAUUAUGAUGUGGUAAAAAAGAAUUCAGGAGUCUUACGGCCUUUCAGUGGAACCAUUCAAAAGAUGGUCCUAAAUGAUCGGACAAUCCCAUUAGACCACAGCUUUACCUCUGGGGUCAACGUGGAGAAUGCAGCUCAUCCAUGUGUGAGUAACCCCUGUGCCAACAAAGGAAACUGUAGAGCCAAGAGAGACAGCUUUGAGUGUGACUGCCCACUGGGCUUCCAUGGCGAGCACUGCAAGAGAGAAUGUGGGAAUUACUGCCUCAAUACAAUAACAGAGGCAAUUGAAAUACCUCAAUUUAUUGGCCGAAGUUACCUUACAUAUGACAACAGGGACAUCCUGAAAAGAGUUUCAGGGUCUCGGUCCAAUCUAUUUAUGAGAUUUAAGACCACAGCAAAGGAUGGACUGCUUUUAUGGAGAGGAGAUAAUCCAAUGAGGCCUAAUAGUGACUUCAUCUCACUGGGUAUUCAAGAAGGAAUCUUGGUUUUCAGCUAUAACUUGGGCAGUGGCAUUGUCACUAUUACGGUGAAUGGAUCUUUCCAUGAUGGCAGAUGGCACAGAGUCAAGGCAGUCAGGGAUGGCCAAAAUGGAAAGCUGACAGUAGAUGACUAUGGAGCAAAGACUGGAAAAUCCCCAGGAAUGAUGCGCCAGCUAAAUAUAAACGGUGACCUUUAUGUGGGUGGGAUGAAAGAAAUUGCUCUUCACACAAACCGACAGUACAUACGAGGUCUGGUCGGAUGCAUCUCUCAUUUUACCCUGUCCACAGAUUACCACGUCUCCUUAGUGGACGAUGCCUCGGAUGGCAAGAACAUCAAUACCUGUGGAAAUAAGUGACAUCUUGAAAUCCAAAGGGCCUCCCAUACCUACAGGAUCAAGACUUUCCUGUGAAGCCAUGUGGAACUUGACAACAUGGUUGUGGGUUUGGGAAGGAUAUUUGUUCAUUUUUGAAGAUCCUUUCCUAGCAAUAGCUUUGCUUCCUCACUUUCACUUUGAAGGUAUUCAUUUAACCAAAGAGCCAUGGACAAUUUUCAAAACUCUUAUUUAUGGGGCACAUCAUUUUAAACUUAUGUGGACGAGGAUUCAAGACUGUAGGCGUGUAUUCAUUAGUGAGUGGCUUCUGAAAACUGAAUGGGUGUAAUUUAAAUUUGAUUUUUUUUUGUUAUUUUAAGAAGUUACACUUUUUCAAGUUUGUAAAUACUGUAUUUUUAAUGUAUAUUUAUUCCUUGAUUAGUAAAAAUUGUCAACAGCAGUAGAACCUUCUAGUCCUACUUUGACAGUCAUGAAGCUGUUCUCUCAAAUUGAUAAGAUUCUGAGUUAUUUUAAAAACAAAUAGGUUUAGAUUUUUGUUUUUUUGUAAUAAUGGACUUGGAGAGAUUGGUUCAAAGAAGUAAGCACAACCCAAAAAAAAAAAUAGUUAAGAAAAACCAAGAG